AUGGUUAAAAAGGAUUCUUCAUCGAAUAUUAUUACAAAAAGCUGUUUGACAAAGGUGGAAACAUUCUUAUUUGGAAUGUCCACUACAAAUCCCUUAAGAGCACACUUUCAUUCAGAUGGACGCAAUAGAGCAAAUCUUCAUUUAGCAAAUCCUCAUUCAGCGUCAUCAGCUCCACCUACUCCAGGAAAAGCAGGGACAUCAGCAUCAUCAGCUCCACCUACUCCAGGAAAAGCAGGGACAUCAGCAUCAUCAGCUCCACCUACUCCAGGAAAAGCAGGGACAUCAGCAUCAUCAGCUCCACCUACUCCAGGAAAAGCAGGGACAUCAGCAUCAUCAGCUCCACCUACUCCAGGAAAAGCAGGGACAUCAGCAUCAUCAGCUCCACCUACUCCAGGAAAAGCAGGGACAUCAGCAUCAUCAGCUCCACCUACUCCAGGAAAAGCAGGGACAUCAGCAUCAUCAGCUCCACCUACUCCAGGAAAAGCAGGGACAUCAGCAUCAUCAGCUCCACCUACUCCAGGAAAAGCAGGGACAUCAGCAUCAUCAGCUCCACCUACUCCAGGAAAAGCAGGGACAUCAGCAUCAUCAGCUCCACCUACUCCAGGAAAAGCAGGGACAUCAGCAUCAUCAGCUCCACCUACUCCAGGAAAAGCAGGGACAUCAGCAUCAUCAGCUCCACCUACUCCAGGAAAAGCAGGGACAUCAGCAUCAUCAGCUCCACCUACUCCAGGAAAAGCAGGGACAUCAGCAUCAUCAGCUCCACCUACUCCAGGAAAAGCAGGGACAUCAGCAUCAUCAGCUCCACCUACUCCAGGAAAAGCAGGGACAUCAGCAUCAUCAGCUCCACCUACUCCAGGAAAAGCAGGGACAUCAGCAUCAUCAGCUCCACCUACUCCAGGAAAAGCAGGGACAUCAGCAUCAUCAGCUCCACCUACUCCAGGAAAAGCAGGGACAUCAGCAUCAUCAGCUCCACCUACUCCAGGAAAAGCAGGGACAUCAGCAUCAUCAGCUCCACCUACUCCAGGAAAAGCAGGGACAUCAGUGCCAUCAACUCCUCCUACUACAAAAGAAGCAGGGACUUCUGCGUCAUCAGCUCCACCUACUCCAGGAAAAGCAGGCACAUCAGUGCCAUCAACUCCACCUACUACAGAAGAAGCAGGGACUUCUGCGUCAUCUGCUCCACCUACUCCAGGAAAAGCAGGGACAUCAGAGCCAUCAACCUCACCUUCUCCAGAAGAAGGAGGGCCUUCUGCGUCAUCAGCUCCACCUACUCCAGGAAAAGCAGGGACAUCAGUGCCAUCAACUCCACCAACUACAAUAGAAGCAGAGACUUCUGCGUCAUCUGCUCCACCUACUCCAGGAAAAGCAGGGACAUCAGCGUCAUCAGCUCCACCUACUCCAGGAAAAGCAGGGACAUCAGAGCUAUCAACCUCACCUACGCCAGAAGAAGGAGGGCCUUCUGAGCUAUCAACCUCACCUACUCCAGAAGAAGGAGCGUCAUUAGCUCCACCUACUCCAGAAGAAGCAGGGACAUCUGAAACCAAUCUUUUUGUUUCAGAGCAACCAACCCCACCUACUCCAGAAGUAGCAGGGCCUUCUGACCCAUCAAUCACAACUACUCCUGAAGAAGCAGGGCCAUCUGGUAAAUAUCAAUACUUUGUGUCCAAUUUCAGACUAGUCUCGUCACCAGCUCCUCCUACACCAGAAGAAGCAGGGCCAUCUGAGCCAACAACCUCACCUACUCCAGAAGAAGAAGGGCCUUCUGAGCAACCAACUCCAGAAACUUUGUUUCAGAGUGAAUCACCUACUCCAGAAAUAAAAUCUGGGCCAUCAACCUCACCUACUCGACAAGAAGAAGGAUCUUCUGGGCCAUCAACUCCACUUACUCCAGAAGAAACAGGGCCUUCUGGGCCAUCAACCUCACCUACUCGACAAGAAGAAGGAUCUUCUGGGCCAUCAACUCCACUUACUCCAGAAGAAACAGGGCCUUCUGAUUUGUCCACUACGAAGGUUAGCGAGAGUGGUGGGCCUUCUGUCAUCCUCCAUCCUGGCCCCCUUUAUUACUGCACUACAAUGUCUCAAAGCCAAUUAUCUGAGAUGUUUCCCAUCCUACGAUCAGCCAGUCCAUCUUGCCGACCAGGUGAAUGUGGUACAUGGGGAAAAGGAGCAUAUAAGUGCUUGAAUGGUCAGACAUUCUACUGUAAAUCUAAAAGCACAAUGUCUUAUUGUCGUCACUGUGUUGAGAGUGGUGCUGAAUUUAAUAUAGAAACAAAGAGAAAUGAAUAUGGAAAUCUUGAGAAAAUGAAGAUUAAAAUUGAUGGCAAUGAGGUUGAUAUAAGUGGCAUGGACAUCACUGUGAACAGCAUAAUGAUACGUGUGCCAUAUAUGAACAAGAUCUUAAGAAUUCAAAAAUGUGGAAUGUAUACAAAACUCAUCAGUCGUCGAGAUAUUCUUUCUUUAGUAUGGGACUACAAACAAUUAUUAUGUUUAAACCUCAUAAAGAAAUAUCGCACGUGUGGUCUUUGUGGAGAUUCUCAAGGCGGCCCAGGAGAAGACUUGCUGGCAUUUAUUGAAGGUAAUAUCAUUGAAAAGGAUGGUGAAACUAAGAUUGAAACCAGUGAUCCAAAUGAAGAUGGAAUAAAGUAUUGCAACAGUAUAAUUUCAUACUACUUUUCAUCUGUGGUCUAUGGAAGCACUUCUCAAAAUGACUACAUCAAGAUAUGUGCAUAUGAAUAUAAUGAAUGUGCUGAAAAAGACAAAAGGAUGUGUGCAUGUUCGACCUUCAUUGAAUUGGCUCGGAUUUGUGGAAAUGCAGGCUGUUCAGACCUAUUGAAAUCAUGGAGGAAAGAUCCAAAUAUUUUGUGUGGUGUACCUCAAUGCCCAGAAACCCAAGUGUAUGAUGAAUGUGCUCCUGUUUCUCAACCAACAUGUUCUAACCCAUCCCCCUUUCAAGAAAAGGGUGUUGUCUCCGGUUGUACUUGCCCUGAAGGCCUUGUUAUUGAUGAUAUGGGAGGAAGCAUGUCGUGUAUACCUAAGUCUGGCUGCCCAUGUUCCUAUGGAGGAAGACUCUAUCAACUGGGAGAAACUCGACAAAGCACUUGCAACUCAGAGUGCACAUGUGCAGGAGGAAUAUGGCAUUGUUCUGAAGGCAGAUGUCCUGGAAUUUGUAAAGUGGAGGAAGGAUUAUUUAUAACAACAUAUGACGGCAAAACAUUUAGUUUAAACGGGAACUGCAAUUAUGUUGUGUCCCACGGUGAUGAUUGGAUUGUUUCUGCCGAGAUAAGUCAGACUCUCAAUGCUCAGUCAAAAACCUCCUUAAACAGCAUAACUCUUGUUCUAAAUCUGGGACGUGAAGAAAGCAAAUUUACCUUUAAAAACGAUGGACACAUUUUAAAUGACAACAUGAAAAGCCAAAAUUAUUAUGAGUCAGAUCAAAUACAGAUUUUAAGAUUUUCAGAAUAUAUUGUUAUAAAGACAUAUUUUGGACUGAACAUUGUUAUUCAAGCUGGUCUUGUGAUGCAAGUAUAUAUCUAUCUUUCAACACCUGGCUUUGAAAACACAAAGGGACUCUGUGGCUCAUACAAUUUCAAAGCAGAUGAUGAUUUUAUGUCUAAUCAAAAUAUACUGGAGUCUGUUCCAGAUGCUUUUGCACAUUCAUGGAAACUAUCAACUUGUCCUGAUCCAAGUCCUCCAACUUGUGUUAAUUUGGAUAAAGAAAUAUUUGCAGAUCAGCAUUGCUCUCAAGUCAAAGAUCCUAAUGGACCAUUUGCUAGCUGUCAUUUUGCUGUGGACUACAGACCCUUCGUUGAGAGAUGUGUAUUGUCGACAUGCAUGGGUGACGAUAUUAUCAUAGGCUUAUGCACCGCAUUGGGCAAUUAUGCUAUGGCUUGUGCAGAAAGUGGAGUUCUCUUGUCUAACUGGAGAAGUGAAAUGUGCAGAAAAGAAUGCAAAAACAACCAGGUCCUCCAGUAUAAUCAUGUUUCCUGUUACAGUACCUGCCAAUCAGUUUCACCACCCAAAAACGAUUGUAAGGGGCAAGAUCUUUUAAUUGAAGCAUGUGGUUGCCCAGAUGGGUUGUAUUUGAAUUCCCAGGAAUUUUGUGUCCCUAGAGUUGACUGUGAUUGUCAUCUGGGAUAUGACAUACUGGAAGCGCAUGCAUUAAUAGAAAUUAACGGCAAUUCAUGCAAUUGUUCAGAAGGAAGAAUAAUUUGUGUACCUCAAGGAGAUGAAAUGCCAGAAAUAUGCACUGGUGGAGCACAGUUUGUAGACUGCAGUUACCCAGAUUUACAGCGACGAGUUGACUUAGAAUGCAGUACUAGAAACUUACCAAGGAUACAUAAGGAUGGAGAUUGUAAACCUGGAUGUUACUGCCCUAUAUCUAUGGUUAGAAACUCCAAAGGAGAUUGUGUACCGCCCACAGAAUGUCCUUGUAUUUUUGGAGGUGAAGAAUAUGAAAAUGGAAGUUCAGUGAUGAUUUCCUGCAAUCUGUGUGAAUGCAACAGAGGAGUUUGGGCAUGUACAGAACAUGACUGUCAGUCUUCCUGCCACGUAUAUGGUGAUGGGCAUUUUCGAACAUUUGAUGGGAAGUGGUACAGCUAUGAUGGCCUCUGUCAGUAUACAAUUGUCGAAGAUUUCUGUAACAGUGGUGAUGGAACAUUUAGAAUUUUAGCACAAAGUGUCCCUUGCUGUGAAGAUGGACUAACUUGUGCAAGGAAAAUAGUCAUUUCAUUGCAGGGUGUUAAUAUAAUUCUGCAGGAUGGAAAAACAAAAACAGUAAAUUCCGAAACAGUAGAUUGUGCUGGCAACAAAUUAACAUCUAGUUUUUUUGUUAACACUGUUGGUUUGUAUGUAAUUGUCAGUAUUUCAAAUGGAGUUUCUGUAAUUUGGGAUGGAAAUACAAGAAUAUCUGUUCUGCUUGAUCCACAUUGGAGUGGAAAGGUUUGUGGCCUCUGUGGGAAUAACAAUGGGGACCUCAAGGAUGAUUUCAAAGCAAGGGAUGGUUCUGUAGUUGUUGAAACAUUGAAAUUUGGAAACAGUUGGAAAGUUGAUCCAUUUUGCCUAGACACAGAGACACAAGUAUAUCCUUGUGAUGCCAACGCCUAUUGCAAAUCAUGGGCAUUGAGAAAAUGCCAGCUCAUAAAAGAAGCUACUUUUAAAGAUUGCCACCACAAGGUUGACCCAGCUCCAUACUAUGAAGCUUGUUUACAAGAAGCCUGUGUGUGUGAAAUGGAAGGGAAAUAUCUUGGGUUUUGUACAACUGUUGCAAUGUAUGCAGAAGCUUGCACAGCUGCUGGAGUAUGUGUUCAGUGGCGGUCACCAGUUCUUUGCCCUGUUUAUUGUGACUAUUAUAAUGCUCGAGGUGAAAAUAUUUGGCAUUAUGAAGCUUGUGGCUCUGCACAGAAUAAAACGUGUAAUAACCAAGCGAUUGGACAGAGAUUCUCAUCUUUAUUAGAAGGUUGUUAUGCAACGUGCCCUGACAGUGCACCAUACUUGGAUGAAAACACUAUGAAAUGUGUUAAUCUUUCUGAAUGCACCUGCUACAACAAUGGUGAUAUACUUCCGGCUAAUUCAGUUAUCGUAGAUGAAUGUGGCAAAUUCUGUCGCUGUAUCUCUGGGAACGUGAUUUGUUCUGAAACACCAUAUGACAGUCCAGAAACACCACAUGGCGUAACAGAAACACCAUAUGACAGUCCAGAAACACCAUAUGGAGGUCCAGGAUAUACGGGUGUUGUGACAGAAACAACAUAUGGCGGUCCAAAAACAACAUAUGGCGGUCCAAGUAUGUUACCACAAUAG